AUGUCUUCAUUCAACCCACUUACCUCAAUUUUGAACCAAAACAAGUUAGAAGGACCGAAUUAUGUUGACUGGAAAAGGAACCUUGAUAUUGUCCUAACUGCUGAAGGUUACAAAUUUGUAAUCACUGAGGAGUGCCCAGAAAAACCUGAAAAUGCUACUGAUGAUCAGCAUCAGUCUAUGGGGUCUGCUUAUGAUAUGCUCGAAAGUCUCAAAGAGAUGUUCGGUGAGCAAAAUCGUGCAGCUAAGCAGACAGCCAUGAAAGCCCUUUUGAACACCAAGAUGGCUGAAGGAUCAUCGGUCAGGGACCAUGUUCUGAGGAUGAUGAGUCUUCUGAAUGAACUGGAGGUCCUUGGAGCUGUGAUUGAUAAGGAGUCUCAAGUUGAGAUGGUCCUGCAGACUCUGCCUGACAGUUUUCAACAGUUUCGCAUGAACUAUAAUAUGAACAAAAUGGAUUUGUCACUAGCGAAAUUGUUGAAUGAGCUGCAAGCGGCAUAA